UUCAUUAAAAAAAUGAAAUUGUAAAUCAUAGCAAAAAUCUCCCUAUAAAAACAAAAAUAUUGCUGUUGUAAAAUUAAUUCGUUUCCAGUGUUAAACUAAACAACUCUUAUAAAAAUGAAAUUUUUAAUCUUUGUGCUUUUUGCUCUUGCGUGCUUAUUAGCUGUUUCUAAUGCACAAAAGAAGAAAUGUGAUCGUAUCUGUACGCAACAAAUUCAACCAUGUUGUGCAACAAAUAAUAGAGGAAGAACCUACCGUAGAUUCUCGAAUAGUUGUUAUUUGGCUAUUGCGAACUGCCAAACCAAUAAUUCCUAUAAGAGAGUCGAUUUGAGUAGGUGUCAAAGGUAUCUAAAUCCUAAUCCAAAGUAAAAACCAAGGCCAAAAGACGUAACCUGACAAUCCUUUCUGAAAAGUGUAUACAAAUAAAUAAAUGCAAAAAUAUUAAAUUUGAAAAGAAUUAUGAUCUAAAAAUUUGUCAAUGAAUCAUCAGUUUUAAUUAAAAAUUAACGUACACACUCUAA